AUGGCUAAAAAUCGAACAAGUUAUACUGAUAUGAAUGAGAUACUUGAUAUUUUGUUUGAUGAUAGUGAUGUAGGUAGCGAUAUUCAUAUUGAUCUUCAAAACUCUAAUGAUUGUGAAAGUAUUUUAGAUUAUGAAAAUGAAGAACUACUACCCUUGUCUGAAGAGGAGAGAGCAGAUAAUGACCUGAUUGUAGAAUCUGAAACUGAAGAAGAAAUUUAUGAGGAAUCAUCUAUUGAUAUAAGUAUUGAAUCCGAUAGUGAAAAAGAAUGUUAUGAAACUCAAAAUUUAUCUUAUAAUGUUUCACAGCCCCAGAAACGUGUGAGAACCAGAGGUGGAAACUUUUUGAGCAAUCACCCUGAAAAGGCCAAUAAUUCUUACCUUAAGAAUUGGAAAGCUGUUAGAGCAGUUGAAAUGAAAACCUUUUUUGGUCUAAUUAUAUUAAUGGGUAUUGUACAUAAACCAAAUUUGAGCAUGUAUUGGUCCACCAAUGAUCUUUAUUGGACACCAAUCUUUUCGAAAACCAUGUCUCAAGACCGUUUCAAGGUUAUCCUCAAAUUUCUUCAUUUCAAUAACAAUAAUGAUCCUAAUCAUAAUCCUAAUGAUCCUAAUAGAGAAUUGCAUAAGGUCAGACCAUUCCUUAACAUGAUCAAAGAGCGUUGUCGAAAAGUUUACAGUCCAGGACAACACUUGAGUGUUGAUGAAUUGCUUGUUCUUUUUAAGGGCAGAUUGCAUUUUCGUCAAUAUAUAAAGACAAGAAGAGCACGAUUUGGAAUAAAGGUAUAUGAGUUGACUACAGCUGAUGGUAUUACACUUGAUUUCCUAGUGUACUGUGGUAUUGGAAUGUACGAUGAUGACAAAAAUUCUACAAUGUCUUCAAGCCAACGUAUACCAAUAGAGUUGAUGGGACCUGAUUGA